AAGGUCAUAAAUUACAUCGUCAUCCAUUUUAUCUUACAAGUCUUCAAUCUCCACUCUACCAUAGUUCCUCAAACACCACAGCUGAAAUCACUAACGAAGCUCAUCUUGAAAGAAAGUGAGCCAGAAGAGAAACCUUCUAUAAAUAUCUUGGUUGAUAAAAUGGUAUGACAACACCAUUAAAAUUUAACACAUUACUAAUUUCACCUACUAAGCUCAAAAUUCUUCUUCCUUCUUCUUUUCUCCUACAUUAAUAUGUGUUUUACACCAAUGGAGAAUAUAGUACUUUUCCCUUCACCAGGCAUAGGCCACAUAAUCUCCAUGGUAGAGCUUGGUAAACUCUUCUUAACUCACUCAUCUUCUCAAGCUUCCAUAACCAUUCUCAUCCCAAAUUUCCCUUUUAUUACUGGCUCUUACUCCUCUUAUAUCUCAUCUAUUUCUUCAUCUUUUCCUUCAAUCACCUUUCUUUCUCUUCCUUCUGUUCCUCUUCUUCAUGGACACCCUUCCAACUACGAAAAUCAUCAGCAACUUACGUUCGAAACACUUCGCAAUAACAACCCCAAUGUUCUUCAAUCACUCCAAUCACUAUCUGUAUCAUCUCCGAUUUCUGCUUUUAUUAUUGAUUUCUUUUGUUACCCUGCUCUUGAAAUAUCUCAAUCCCUUAAUAUACCCACUUUCUUUUUCUUUACUUCUAGUGCUUCUGCUCUUGCUUUCUUCCUUAACUUCCCGGUAUUCGACAAAAUCUCCUCUGAGCCUUAUAGGAGUCUUAAGGUUUCAUUUGAGAUUCCUGGGUUGUUCUCUGUUCCUGCUGAUCAUAUGCUAGAACCUAUGCUUGAUCGUGGUGUUAGUUAUUAUGAGUUUGUUAAGAUGGCUGAAACAUUGCCUAAAUCAGAUGGGAUUAUUAUUAAUACUUUUGAGUCAUUAGAGGUUAAAGCUGUUAUGUGUUUGAAACAGGGAAUUUGUCUUCCUAGUACUACAAUUCCUCCUGUUUAUUGCAUUGGUCCUUUGAUUGCGAAACAAGGUGAUAAUAAUGUGAAGAACAAAGAUGAAGAUAAACACGAGUGUCUUAAAUGGCUCGACUCACAACCUAGUAAAAGUGUUGUGUACUUGGCUUUUGGUAGUAGAGGUGUGUUUUCUAAGGAGCAACUAUGGGAAAUAGCCUUUGGGUUGGAAAAGAGUGGAGUUAGAUUUUUAUGGGCUAUUCGGGCACCACCUAGUGAGAAUAAGGGUGAUGCGUUCUCUCAUCAACUCGAACCGGAUUUGGAUUCGAUACUUCCACAAGGAUUUUUGGAUAGGACUAAAGAUAGGGGUCAUAUAGUUAAGCUAUGGGCACCGCAAAUUGCCGUGUUGGGUCAUGAGUCAGUGGGUGGAUUUGUGAGUCAUUGUGGAUGGAACUCGACUUUGGAGGCGAUUGAUGCUGCUGUGCCUUUAGUGGCAUGGCCAUUGUAUGCCGAGCAAAGAUAUAAUAAGAUUUCGCUUGUGGAGGUAAUAGGGAUUGCAUUACCUAUGAAUGAAUAUGAAGAUCACUUUGUUAGUUCGAGUGAGAUUGAAAAGCGAGUUAAGCAAAUAUUGGACUCAAAAGAAGGCGAUGUUAUAAGGAAAAGAAUGUUGGAUUUGAAAGCUAAGGCUAGAAAUGUUCUCAAUGAAGGAGGCUCAUCUCAUGUUGCAUUGACUACAUUAGUGGAAUCAUGGAAACGAUGAAGGGAGUGCAAUGAUUUGUAAGACUUUAUUAUUGUAAUGUUGCAUAUUGGAGCUUAUUGAUAUUUAAAGUGGCUAGUAAUUAUUGUAUUUGAUUUAUACUCUUACGACCUGUUUGGUAGUUGGUUAUAAAUGGUGGUAAUGGGAAUGAA